AUGGCACUUUACUAUUUCGAAAAGUGCCUGAGAAUAUAUGAGCAAACUUUACCAAAACUACAUAGCUGUCAAGCUAUCACAUACAGUAGUUUAGGUGAUAUUCAUCGCUUGAUUGGGGAUUAUGAAACAGCACUUUCAUUUCAUCGAAAAGCAUUAAGUAUUCAAGAGAAUGCUCAAUGUAAUCCACUGGAAUGUGCAACAACAUUUGCGAAUUUAGGUGAGACUUAUCGAGAAAUGGGAGAUUAUUUGACGGCAUUGACAUAUUUUCAAAAAGGAUUACAAAUACGUGAAAAUAAACUACCAAAAAAUCAUCCUGAUUUAGCUGUAAUUUAUUACAAUUUGGCGAAAUUAUAUUUGGCUACUGGAGAAUAUAGUAUAGCAAUGAAAAAUGUUCAACAAGCGUUAGAUAUUGCUCAAGACAAAUUACCUUCAAAUCAUCCUCAUCUUUUGGACUAUAGAGAAUCAUUUGAAAAAAUUCGAAAGAAGAUGUGA